AUGAGAUACGCAAUUGCUCGAGCAAACGAAUAUCUCGUGCUCACUGGAGCCGGGAUUGAAGAUCUUCGUAUAUGCAAGAAAGCCGUCGUGUUUCCUUUCCAACGAUGCUCGAGAAUAUCCGUGUCGCCGUUUGACUUCUCGCUGAGUCUACAGGCCAUGACCAUCGAGAAAUUGCAGUUCUCGUUGCCAGCCGUCUUCACAAUCGGGCCUGAUAAUAACCAGGAAGCACUCAGGAAAUACGCUCUCCUUCUGUCUGGAAACACCGAAGGAUCGGACUUUUCCAAGCUGAAAGAUGUAAUCAACCCAGCAAGAAAGAACCAUGUGCAGGAUAUCGUAAAGGGAAUCAUCGAAGGCGAAACUCGCGUCAUUGUUUCUAGCAUGUCGAUGGAGGAGAUAUUCAAAGAGAGACAGAUUUUCAAGGCGAAAGUCAUUGAUAAUGUUCAAAAUGAACUCCAGCAAUUUGGGUUACGAAUUUACAAUGCAAACGUCAAAGAGCUUCAAGAUACCCCUGGCAGCGAGUAUUUUGCUUUCCUGAGUCGCAAAGCUCAUGAAGGAGCCCUCAACCAAGCCAAAAUUGAUGUUGCCGAAGCAAGAAUGCGCGGUGAAAUCGGCGAAGCUGAGAAGAAAGGGAGAACCAAGCAGGAAAUUUCCAAAAUCGAUGCCGAUACGGCCGUCUUGGAGACAAAACGCAAGGCUGAAAAGGCCAAGGCUGACUCGGAGCUCACGAACCGCCAAACAGAGCUUGAUAUGGGCGUGCAGCUGAGCAGGAUCUCUGCCCAGCGUCAGGCGGAGAUGAAAGAUGCAGAGCUGCAGAAGGAAGUUGAGACUACGCGUGCUGAGACGGAGCUUGAGCGUCUCAGGGCAAACGAUGUCACCAAGAGCAAGGUUGCGCGCGAGUCUGCUCAGGAAGAUGCAGAUGCAGCCUACUAUACUGCGCAAAAGGGAGCGGAUGCGCAGUUGUAUAAGAAAAAGAUGGAAGCAGAUGCCUUGCAUUAUCGUCAGAGCAAAGAGGCAGACGCUUCUUUCUACCAGCAAAAGCGUCAAGCUGAAGGAACUCUGGAGAUGGCAAAGGCCUAUGGUGCUCUUGUCGAUGUUCUCGGCGGGCCACAGGCAUUCCUGCAGUUUAAGAUGAUGGAAACUGGUACUUACGAGAGGUUGGCCGAAGCCAAUGGUGCUGCCAUCAAUGGUCUCCAGCCAAAGAUCACGACAUGGAAUACAGGGAAUUCAAGUGGCUCUGGUGAUUCCGUGGGCCCAUUACGAGAUAUCAUGCAAAACCUCCCUCCUCUUUUGAGCACCAUCCAUGAGCAAACUGGUAUUACACCACCAUCAUGGCUGGCCCAGAUGCCUGAGAGUCAUCAAGAGACUUUAUCGCAGAAUCCGAAGGCUAAUGGUAUUCUGGCUGCUCACGAAUAA